UUCGCUCGGUUCAUUUUAACAAAAACUUGUGAAAAAUUUGGUUACAAAUUAUAAAAAAGUGUAGAAAAUAUGCGUAAAAGAUAUAAAAACACAGUGAUCAAUUAGAAACUGCAAAGCGCAAACUGUAAAAUGGAGAAAAACAACAUAGUAACCACCGGCGUGUCUACGCUGCCUACACAAACAGCGGGAGGAGUAUCAACUACGGCAGUGACGUCGACGCCCGGUGUAAUCGGCGGGAGUAGCAGCAUAGCCCCUGGCACCGGCAGCGCAACCCACCAACACCAGCAAGCAAUAACAAAAAACACGAAUAACAAUAAUGGCAGCAGCAGCAACAACAACAACGGCAAUAACAAUACAAAUACGAACAGUAGCACAACAACGACGACUACAAGUAGCAGCAGCACGGGCACCAAUACGGAAACGAUCGAAUGUGUAACUCUGAUAAGCGAUGAUUCGGACGUGGAGGAAAUGUCACCCAAACGCAAGAUUCCCGCUAAUGCGGCUGGUGGCAGUGGAACACCUAGUAAAAAUAAAUUCGACGAUGACUCCAAUGAUGCACAAGGAGGUGCUGCGGGAGAUGAACGACGCACAAGCAGGCGCAAUAAACCAAAGGUUGAUUACUAUAACAAACCGACGGCUGGAAAUACAGACUCAGGUGACAAACCAAGUACACCUUCAAGCUCAUCAGCUACUGGUGGCGUCGAACGACGUACGGAAAGUGGUAAAACACGCAAAGGUGAUGCGGCACGUAGCCCCUUUCCCAAAGAGAUUACUGAUCCGCGAGAAGCAGCUGCUGCGGCUGCGGAAGCAUAUAAGGAAAUACUGACGGGCUUGGAAGGUGCGGCAUUUCAAUCGCGUCUGCCUUUUGACAAAAUGACAUCUAGUGAAGCUGCCUGUUUUCCCGACAUCGCCAAAACUGGUUUGGUUGCUCAACGUGUUUUUCUCAACAUACGCAAUCGCUUGCUGCAAAUGUGGAUUGAGAAUCCAAAACAACAGCUGAUUGUCGAAAAUGCCAUAAAAGAUAUAGAACCACCAUUCGAUAGCGAUCCAAAUCUGGUGAAGCGUAUUCACUCAUUUCUGGAACGUCAGGGUUCCAUCAAUUUCGGCAUUUUCAAACGUUUGCGUCCCAUACCUACUAAGAAACUGGGUAAAGUUAUAGUAAUUGGUGCAGGUAUCUCAGGGUUAGCAGCUGCACAGCAGUUACAGCAAUUCGGUAUGGAUGUGAUUGUACUUGAAGCGCGAGAUCGUGUCGGCGGUCGCAUUGCCACUUUUCGUAAAAAUAAUUAUAUAGCCGAUUUGGGCGCUAUGGUUGUGACAGGCGUUUGGGGCAAUCCGAUGACUAUACUUAGUAAGCAAAUCGGCAUGGAGAUGGUGCCUAUAAGACAAGCGUGUCCACUGUAUGGCGCAUGCGGCAAACCAGUGCCCAAACACAAGGACGAUAUGAUCGAACGUGAAUUCAAUCGUCUGCUUGAAUCUGCCAGUUACUUGUCGCAUCAGCUGGACUUCAACUACGCCAAUGACGAUCCCAUAUCAUUGGGGCGCGCAUUAGAAUGGAUUAUAAAAUUGCAAGAAAAGUCGGUGAAAGAAAAGCAAGUACAACAUUUAACAUGCCUUGCAGAAGCACAACGUGCGGUCCUCGCAAGUCAGACUAGUAUCGCAGAGUUGAGAGAAAAAAUAAAGAACUAUAAAGAGACACAUGCGAAAUUGCUCAAGACACGUCCCCUACGCAGCGGUGAUGGUGAUACAGCGUGGGUAGAGCAUGAAUUUGAAAUACGUUCCACACAUUACGAGUGGACCAAGGCGUGUAAGGAAUAUGAAGACAUGCUUAAGGAGCAGGAGACACUCGAAACAAAACUGAAAGCAAUCGAAAGUAAUCCACCGAGCGACGUCUACCUCUCGUCAAAAGAUCGCCAAAUUCUCGACUGGCAUUUUGCAAAUUUAGAAUUCGCCAAUGCUACACCUCUCAGUAAUCUCUCUUUGAAACAUUGGGAUCAGGAUGAUGAUUUCGAAUUCAUAGGCAAUCACACAACUGUACGUAACGGUUACUCUUGUGUGCCCAUUGCUUUGACGGAAGGUUUGGAUAUACGCGUAAAUACCGCUGUAAAAACGAUUAAAUAUUUUGAUAGUGGCGUGGAAAUUGUUACGGAGAAUUUGAAAACAAAUAACUCUUCAGUCACUUACAAAGCAGAUAUUGCGCUCUGCACGUUGACGCUGGGUGUACUGAAAAUCGCCACUACAAAAGUGCAAUCUCAACAAGCGAAUACAGUGAAGUUUGAACCGCCACUGCCCGAAUGGAAGCAAGCGGCUAUACAGCGUUUGGGUUUCGGAAACCUAAAUAAGGUUGUACUUUGUUUCGACCGCAUUUUCUGGGAUCCCAACACCAAUUUAUUUGGCCAUGUUGGCAGCACAACAGCUAGUCGAGGUGAACUAUUUCUUUUCUGGAGCAUCUCACAAUCGCCAGUGCUACUCGCAUUGGUAGCGGGCCAAUCGGCCGCAAUCAUGGAGAAUGUAUCGGAUGAUGUUAUCGUUGGUCGUUGUAUUGCUGUUUUGAAGGGCAUUUUCGGUAACGGUUCGGUGCCACAACCCAAAGAAACGGUCGUUACACGUUGGCGUGCCGAUCCCUGGGCACGUGGCUCAUAUAGUUUUGUUUCUGUUGGCUCUUCUGGUAGUGAUUACGAUCUACUAGCUUCGCCUGUUAUACCAAAGGACCCGGGUAAUGAAGAUACCAAUCAGGGAGAGGAUGAACUGCCACGCUUAUUUUUUGCCGGCGAACACACUAUACGAAAUUAUCCCGCCACUGUGCAUGGCGCAUUCUUAAGUGGCCUGCGUGAGGCUGGUCGUAUAGCAACAUAUUAUUUGGGUUACCCGGAGGGUACGCCACCCGAUAUUGGUUAUUCGGUCGUGGAGGCGGCCAAUACAGCCUCGGUGGGCGGAAAUGUGGAUAUUGUUGAUAUAGCACAUUCAACAGAUUCAUCCUCAAAAACUUCCGAAGAGAAAUCAAACACUGCCGACUCGAAUGAGUAGAGUAACAUGAGGAAGAAUGAUCAAUGUAAAUGUGUAUGUGUGUCUGCGUUGCGUGCAUGUUUCUAAACUACAUUUAUUUCGCACAUUUCCUACUAAAUCUAGCAUUCUUGUCUAUUAACUGUGCUUUUAAUUAUCUUUUGCAUUACUUUGUAUCCGCUCUAACCUUCCUACUUUACUUCAGAGCACACGUAAUUUUGGUUUUAUGUGGCUUGAAAGCUUUGAAUUUGACUAAACUUAAAUUUGUUUUUAUUAAAUAUAUAUUUUAGUUAUGAAACGCAAUAAGUGUUUGCAAUGGAAGUGUGUUCGGCAACAGAAAUUGAAUGUUCCAUUUAUUAACUUAAUCUUAAAUGUAAUCAUAUUAAUAAUAUAGUAAUUAGAUAUGAGACCAUUUCACCGACAAUGAAUUCAAUAUACAUACAUAAAUAAAAUUCCCAUAAUUUGUAAUUUCUGUAAA